AUGUCCCCCCUCCUUGUUCCGGUACUACUCCUAAUCUGCGCACAUCAAGCCGCUGGCCUCGCCCUGUUAGGCCGGUCCCGGCGCCGGAAUAAUGCAACACUGCCUCUGAUCGAGAGACAAGGCACGGUCAUCGCCACCAGAUACACAACCAUCUUCGCAAGCGGCGAUGGAUCAGAGCCGCGGACUGCCAACUCCGGAUAUGAAUGCCGCGUCGACUUACUGAACGACCUCUGGGGAUUCUGCCCUACCACCGUCAUCGCGGCAACGGACUGCGGCCUGGCUGGCGCUUGUGUCGACAGUUUUGACUGCUCUAAGGGAUGCGGCCUUACAAAUGCUCCCUUAACCACCUUUACCUGCUCCGACGCCGAAGCCCCAUUCUGCUCAACCGCUCUCCUCACGCUGUCCAACAAUGUCGGCCCAUAUUCCUACAUCGCCUGUGGGGAAAGUGCUAAAACAGACCAUUACAUGGUCUUCACAACAGAAGCGGUCACAACCUCCAUUACAAAACCGACAUCAUCAUCAAUCCCAUCUUCCACAGCGUCGUCGUCGUCGGCAGCGGACUCCCAGAGAACUUCAACUUCCUCGCCAGACGGCGCAGCCCAGUCCACCACCAACUCCCAGAGCAGCGGCAUCGCCCCUUCUAGCGGCGACAUAUCCACAGCCGUCGACACCCAAUCCACCACCGAUGCCAACAACCCCCCCAGCAGCGGCCGUUCCAACAACAACAGUAACAGUAACAACAACACAGGGGCUAUAAUAGGUGGCGUCGUGGGCUGCUUAGCCCUCCUCUGCAUAUGCUGUGUCGCAACAGCGUGGGUUCUGCGGCGGAACAAAAAGGCCACCGCAACCGCAUCCGCAUCCGCCUGCGAGUCUUCCGGCGGCAGCGAUCCCUCGGGUCAGGACGUGGCGAAUAAAUCGCCGCCGCCACCGCCAGGGUAUGGAGUGGAGGAGCUGGCGGGGUAUCCCGUUGCGGAGCUGUCUGCGCGGGGGCCGGCGGCGUAUGAUACCAGUAGUAGUCCUUGGAAGGGUGGCACUGUGUAUGAUGGGAAUGGGCGGCUAUAUAUGGCGCCGGUGGAAUUGCCUGCUUCUCCUCGUCCUGUUGUUGGGUUUGGGGUGAGGUAG